AACUUCGUCUGCGCCCGCGCCCACCUUUCUCGAGAACCAAACAGAUUGGCUCAUCUCCCUUAAUCGCCUUGCUUCAUUUCACCCCUAACUGUUUAUUUCCCAGGUAUUUGCAUUUUAUAAUCAGUAUUUUCAUUGGUCUUCUUUAAGUUUCUGAGGAAUUCGGCAUCAGUUUAUUGGUUUCUAUUGUAGAGUAAACAUGAACUUGAAGCAUUCAGUUUUUAGGAAAACAAUCAAUAAUUUAUCAAAAAUCAAUGCAAAACCAGAUUCUGUUAAGUCCAAGGGUUUGUCAACCAUUUCAGCCGCAAUAUCUCCAUCCCUCCAUCCAGUAAGUAGCGGUCAAAGCUAUGCUUAUCUUCAAAACCCUAAAAACCAUAUACCCACUUGCCCUUUUCUUAGAUAUAUUCACUCAACCCGAGAAACUAGGCUAAGUUAUGCUGGUGUUGAAGCAAAACUUGUGUCUAAUGACUCUGAUGAUGAGGAGGAUGGAACUGUGAACGAGUUCUUAUCUCGAUUCAUUUGGAUAAUGAGAGGGAAGUUAACUGAAGUAUACACGGAUUGUAAUAAGGAGACAAUUGAUGGGAUGCUUUUAGUUAUUGUGGAGAAGGUUGUGGAAGAGAUGGAGAAGGGUGGUAUUAAGCAGAUGGUCGGUUCGACAGUGGGGAUGCCGUCGCAGGAAUUUAGUGAAGAUUUAUGGAGGACUGUAUGGGAAGUGAGUAAUAUGGUGUUGGAGGAUAUGGAGAAGGCGAGGAAGAAGGAGAAGAUGAAACUGUUUUUGCAAUCGGAUGAAGUGAAAGAAAUGUGUAGGUUUGCGGGUGAAGUUGGGAUUCGUGGGGAUUUGUUGAGGGAACUUCGAUUCAAAUGGGCAAAAGAGAAGAUGGAGGAGAAAGAUUUUUAUGAGAGUUUGGAACGGUUUAGGCAUAAAAAGCAAGAGAAGGUUGGAAAUGUUUUAGAUAAACAUGCUGUUGCAACAGAGGAUAAACCAAAGGUUGCAUCUCUUCCGAAAAGAAAGGGAAAUAUUAAGUAUAAGAUAUACGGACUUGAUAUGUCGGAUCCUAAGUGGGCUGAAGUGGCUGAUAAAAUCCAUGAGAGGGAGGAAAUGAUUUGGCCUAAGGAACCAAAGCCAAUAUCUGGGAAGUGUAAAUUGGUCUUGGAAAAAAUCCUUUCAUUAAAAAAGGAGGAUGAUCCUUCACAGCUUUUGGCUGAAUGGAUAGAACUUCUGCAACCAACUCGUGUUGACUGGAUCAAUUUGCUUGAAAAGUUGGAACAACAAAAUCCCGACGUACACUUGAAGAUUGCAGAACUGGUCCUGCGUGAAGAAUCUUUCCAAACAAGUGCUAGUGACUAUACCAAACUGAUUGAUGCAUAUGCUAAAGAGACUGAUGUAGAAGGUGCCGAGAGAAUCCUUAGGAAGAUGGUUGAAAGUGGCAAAAUGCCUGAUAGUUUAACUGCCACAAUUCUUGUUCACAUGUAUAGCAAGGUGGGUAAUGUUGACCGUGCUAAAGAAGCGUUUGAAAGCUUGAGGAGCUAUGGCUUCCUGCCGGAUAUGAAGAUCUACAGCUCAAUGAUAACGGCAUACAUUAAUGCUGGUGAACCUCGACGUGGUCAGUCUUUGCUUAAAGAGAUGGAAACAAGAGACAUCAAACCUUCGGAGGAGAUUCACAUGGCUUUACUCCGGUCUUUUGCUCACAGUGGUGAUUGUAUGGGAGCUGUUCAAAUUGCGAAUACCAUGCAGUUUUCCAGAUUCCAACUUAAUAAAGAGUAUUUUUCACUACUUGUUGAGGCACAUGGGAAAGGUGGUGAUCCUGAUCAAGCUAGGAGCAACUUUGACAACAUGAUAAAACAUGGCCACAAACCAGAUGACAAGUGCACUGCCAACAUGAUCGCAGCAUAUGAGAAGAAAAAUUUAUUGGAGAAGGGCUUAGACCUUCUCAUGCAGCUGGAGAAGGAUGGUUUCGAACCCGGGAUAGCAACAUAUUCUGUUCUCCUGGAUUGGUUUGGCAAAUUGGAACUGGUUGAUGAGGUCGAACAACUAUUGGGCAAGAUUGCGGAACUUGGUGAAGUUCCUCCUCUAAAGGUCCAUGUAAGCCUCUGUGAUAUGUACUCGAGGGCUGGAAUCGAGAAAAAAGCUCUUCAGGCUCUUGGAGUUUUGGAAGCUAGGAAGGAUGAAUUGGGUCCCCAUGAGUUUGAGAGAACUAUAAAUGCACUUGUUGCUGGCGGAUUUGUGCACGAUGCUCGAAGGAUACAUGGGAUAAUGGAGGCGAAGGGCUUUAAGGUAUCGGAGCAAUUGAAGAUGGCCUUAAUGGCAUCUCAGACUUUCAGCCAGAGAAGAAGACCCUCAAAUAGAUAACCUAGUCGUUAGAAUCCUUUGCUUGCAAGAGAUGAAUAAGAUGGUUAGCUAAAUUUCCCAGUACACCCAGUAGCAAGUGGGUAUGUAAUUGAUGAACUAGUGAGAUAAAGCUCUGAUUGUUUGUUUGUCAACCUAAUUUCUUUUGAGGCAUUGAACAUGGCUUUCAUUUUUUU